GAGGCGCCACAUCCGGCCUUUGCCCAGAGUUGCAUAAAGCCGCGGCCGCGGCAGUUUACCUCCAGCAGCAGCCCUGGGCUCGUCUCGGUUUCGGGAGCAGCUGCUCCCAUGCUCCGGAGCGGCCAUGGGUGCUCCGCACUGGUGGGACCAGCUUCGGGCGGGCAGCUCGGAGGUGGAUUGGUGCGAGGACAACUACACGAUCGUGCCUGCCAUCGCCGAGUUCUACAACACGAUCAGCAACAUCUUGUUUUUCAUUUUACCGCCCAUCUGCAUGUGCUUGUUCCGUCAGUAUGCAACAUGCUUCAACAGUGGCAUCUACUUAAUAUGGACCCUUUUAGUUGUAGUGGGAAUUGGAUCUGUCUACUUUCAUGCAACCCUUAGUUUCCUGGGUCAGAUGCUUGAUGAACUGGCAAUCCUUUGGGUUUUGAUGUGUGCUCUAGCCAUGUGGUUCCCUCGAAGGUAUCUACCAAAGAUCUUUCGCAAUGACAGGGGCAGGUUCAAGGCAGUGGUCUGCAUCCUGUCUGCAGUUACAACCUGCCUGGCAUUUGUCAAGCCAGCCAUCAAUAACAUCUCUCUGAUGACACUGGGUGUUCCCUGCACCGCGCUGCUCAUCGCAGAGCUGAAGAGGUGUGACAAUGUGCGCGUGUUUAAGCUGGGCCUCUUCUCUGGCCUCUGGUGGACCCUGGCCCUCUUCUGCUGGAUCAGUGACCGGGCCUUCUGUGAGCUCUUGUCGUCCUUCCACUUCCCGUACCUGCACUGUGUGUGGCAUAUCCUCAUCUGCCUGGCUGCCUACCUGGGCUGUGUGUGCUUCGCCUACUUUGAUGCUGCCUCCGAGAUCCCUGAGCAAGGCCCUGUCAUCAAGUUCUGGCCCAGCGAGAAAUGGGCCUUCAUCGGUGUCCCCUAUGUGUCCCUCCUGUGUGCCAACAAGAAGUCACCAGUCAAGAUCACAUGACGGCAGGGCAGUGCCUGGCUCCUUUGCAUAUUUUCCUUCCUGCCCUGGGCUUCUUUUGCUAGCAAGACAGCCAAAGGGUUCUAGGAAUCGGUGUGGGGUGUGUCUUUUCAGAGUUCUGUUCCUUCAGGCUGUAACUAGUGGAUCACCUGGAUCUCACUGUGCUGGGGCAGGAACGAGGGUCUCUCCUUCCCCAUAUAGAUAGCAGAGGACUUUGGGACACUGGAUGUGUCUUUCUCAUGGUCACUUCCAGAUGCGUUGGUUAUUGGGCUACAUCCUUUGUGUCCUUUGGGGGACACAGGCUGCCCAUGCCUCUUCUGGAGAGGCAGUUGCUCCAGACUCCACCUCCCGAGCACUGCUGGAGCCCGCUCUGGACAGACCCUCCAGCUCUCUGGUUAGAGGUGCCAGAGAUUUUCACAGGGAAAACUGUCCUUUAAACCCAACCAAGGGUGCAGGGUGUGCUAAGGCCUUGGUUUUUUUUCACAUGCAUCUCUCAGCUAAUCCAGGCUUUAUGUACAUGUGUGAAUCUUUUUACCACUACCUCAGUUGAGAGAUAGAGAUUUAAUUUCAGAGAGGGUGAGGCCGGUGAGUACCACCCUCUGUGCCAAAAACCACUCCACUUUAAGCUAUUCCUAAAGAUGAGCACAACUUUUAAAUGCUAACAUCAUUUCCCCAGUUCAGUAACCUCAGAUACACAAAGAACAGCCAUGGUGUGAAGAUAGCCCACUCUUACCGCUGGAUACCAUAUCACUGAAUCCUUACGAUUUUGCUGGUGGCUUUGGCUUAAACAUUGGAGCAAACACAGAAGCCCCUCUGCCCCCACCCUAUGUUUGAAGCCUCCAAUAUACUACACUGUUCAGGAAAGUAUCUUCAAGAACUUACCUUGCUGGGCACAGUGGUUUAUGCCUGUAAUCCCAGGUAUUUGGGAGGCUGAGUUGUUAAGCACCACAAACUCAAGGCAGAGCUGGGGAUGUAGCUCAGUGGUAGAGUGGAUCUGGUUUCUAUCCCUAGUACUUAAAAAAAAAGGGGAGGGGGUUUCUCUUAUUUCCUGGCCACUUCCAUGGGAAUGACCCACUUGGCACUUCCAGGGCCAGGUGCUUCCUGUGGUUCUCAGCACUGACUGCCAGCCUUGCUCAGAUGCUGGCCGUGAAUGCACUGACCCGCCGGUGGAGGGCGCUGGUGCAGCUGGGCAGAUCUUGCCUUCUGUGUUUUUCUCUCCUGUGAUACUGGCUGCAGUGAAUCUUCACUGAACUGUACAGAAGACUCCAAGGCUGUUUUCAGGGUAUGAGGAGGGAAUCAUCGACCUCAGGGAUAUUCACUUUAACUCAGGCAUCUCCUGUCUUUGAACAUUCCGUUGUGAAGCUGAAGCAGGACAGAUGUCCUUCUGUCCUCUUUGGGUGGGUGGCAGUCGUGUCAUUGUCCUCAGCACCUAAGAGCUGGGAAGUAGCUGCCACCUGCCCAAGACUCUUAGUCCGGUUAGAAUUUGCACAAGAUCCAAAGUGAAAUGGCCAAUCAGUAGCUGAAUUUAGAGUUUAAAAAUGACUUACGCAACUUUGGUGAUUUUCAGAUUUUCUAAGUAACUCACUGGGCUAUAUCCUGUUUCUUCUUGUAGCAAGAAAUGUUUAUGGAACAGUAAUGUGUGAAAAUAAUUUUAUGAAUUUAAAUUUAUAGCAUCUCUUAGUAUGUCAGUAAAAAUGCAAAUUAACCAGUCAGUGAUCUCCCAGAUAGAAAACUAAGCUAUUGAAUGCAUGUACAUGUUGCUUUGUUGUAGCUUGAAAAUAUACUUUAAAAUGACUUUGUGAUAUAUGUGGAAUUUAUAAUGUACCUUGCUGAGAUACAGUGCUUCAUGGAAUAGGAUCGCGGUGAAGUCCUUUGGGUUCAGCUGUAGAAUUUUAAAAAGGGAAAUACCAAACCAUGUUCACUUAAGAUUGACUUCAGGAGGCAUGAAUUCUAGUCUUACUCUUCUGAAGUAUAAAAAUGAGCUAAGGUAGUGGAUUUGGUGUAUUUUAAGGCCAGCUGUCUUAGCAGGGAAACAUGGAUAAGUAAAGCAGGAAGUAGGGAAAUGACUUUUUGGUAUGUGAAGUCUAAUUUGUCCAGGGGCUCCUCAGUGACAGCAGUGCUGUCCUUACAGUCCUGGAGGAUCCAUUCCUCUUGAUCAGGAAAAGGACUUAUUCCCGGGGGCUCCGCUGACACCCCACUCCAGCCCUGGACAUUGGGAUGAAAUGUUGCCAGGGGCCCAUUUGAAUCAGGCUGAGUCAUCGGGAUAUUUUUAUCCCUCUUCUACAAGAAAAAUGUUGAAGUUAAGAUGGCAGACAAAUGGUUUUAUAUGGAAAGCACUGUCCUUCUGGAGAUUCGUUUCAGAGGGAUAGAAGCGGGGGAAAAAAGUGGAAUGGAAUAUAUUUGAGGAGGACAAAAUAUAACUCUACUUUUGGACAGAACUCAUAGCUGUCAAGCAUGAGAUGGUAAAUCAAGAGAGUGGAAAUACACUAAUGUUAAACUUAGAGUUUCGUUCAUAUUUAUCCUGAAGCACUACAUGGUCUUUAAAGAAAAUUGGGAAACUACAGAAAGUUGUAGAAGAAGGAAAAACCUCAUAUUUCUGUCACCCAAGUACACCCAUUGUUAGUGCUUUGGUAUUGGGUGUACUUGCUCAUUUUCAUCUUUCUCCCCCACUGAUGUAGCUGUACAUAAGCGUCUUCUGUAGCUUUGAAAUGUGAAUGCCCAUUGCAUAGUUUUCACGAGCAGGUGUGAAGUACACGAGGAUUAGUUGCACACCUGAAAACUGAUCACUGGAUCCUGAGACUUAUUACUGGAUUUUCCUUCUUAAUGAGCCUGACAUGAAUGGACCCAAAGAAAUGAUGAACUAAAAUCUGUAGUUUGGUUAUAAUUCUGCCCUUGGAUUGAGGAGCUCAGGUUUUGAUGUGCUCAGAUUUUAAAAAGCGCAUAGCUUAUUUCGUUCACUGAUGUGUGUCUCCUGCCAUCCCUCCUCCCACCCAGCAGGAAGGCAGUUAGGGUUAGGGCACAGCCAUGGUAACUCAGCAGGCGACUGGGCUUUGUUCUGAUUAGAAUUCACUUGGGCUGUUUAUCCACACAGAACUGAAUUUAAGACACACACACACACACACACACACACAGAGAGACAGAGACAGAAAUUAAUGUUACUAAGUGAUCUCUUCUGAUAGUGAUUGUUGCUUGCAGUGUUUGAUUGGUGGCUGUAUUAUUAGAAAAGAGUAUCUUUCUUCCCUUCAUGAUGACGUUAUUGGACAGUGAGUACUUCAGGGGCCACAAUGUAAGUGUGUGGGGCUUAGACUUUGCAUCCCUUUGGUAACAGGUCAUUUUCUGGGUAACUCCAUGCUUGUUCAACAAAAUGUGCCUGAAACACGGGUUAUCCAUCAAUUAUGCUCUGCUGGGGGCCGAGCUUGAUGGCUGUGAAAUAGAAGCUUUGCAGAAAUGCUCCCACUACAUUUCUCUCAGGUCCUCAUGCUUCCCGGAGCCAGGGCCAUGGUGGAAGCUCCAGGACUGAGUUUGUGCCUUCCUCUUGGGACUGACAUGGAGACACCUUCGAGGGACAGGGUGGCUGAAGCUUGCUCAGUCAGGGCCCCUCCCUUGCCUAGGUAUUUUCUAGCCAGGAUGGACUUGGGCGUUGCUUGGAUGUCAUCAUUCCAGCUAAUCCCAGAGGGCUUUGGGCCAGGGUGGGAUUCACAAUGGAUUUUACACACACCCUUGAACUACAGGCUUUUAUAACGUGGCUUCUACUCUGAAGGACUCACUGUCAAGUUGUAUGUGAAGACUUUUAUAAUGAUGAUAUGUAACCAGAGCAAACACAGUGUCUUCAGAUUCAGACUUUCUUUUAUAUUCUGUAAGAUGUGCUAUGUAAGGGUUGGUGAGGUCGCAUUCAGUCUCCAUUUUGCGGGGAGUGAUUUAAGCCCUUUUGGAAUGGAGCUUUGCACUUUAUGUGUUUUGUAAACUACCAUAACUAUGUUUAAUAUUAAAGCCGUAAGUGGCAUUUUCUGUGAAUAA